GCUUAAUAGGAGGCUGUUUCCUUGAUGAUGUUACUUACCUCCAUACCAUGAGAAGCUUCAAAAUCUAUUUCCAUACAGCAAGCCUCCAUUAAAGGGACAAGACAUUUUUCUCCAGUCCUUUUGGCAGUAAGUAGCAUUUACGUACAUUCCGACAAGUUGCAACAAACGUAUGGUGGCUUUCAACGCGAGUGAGAAGCAGAAGUGGUUGGUAUGCUAUUGGUAUUGCUAUUGCUUUUCCUCUGCAGACUCUUCCUUGGUAGUUCCCCCAUCCAAGUACCGAGCCUGUUUGGCUUCUGAGAUCUGACAUGAUUGGGCUGUACUUUAGCAUUCCACAUCCCUAGUUGUAGGUGAUGUGAAAGACUUCCAACCUGAGACCUCUAGAUGGUGAACUGAUGUCUGUGGACAGGAAACCAAUUGUAAUUCCGGGAGAUCUCCAGCCACUACCUGGAGGCUGCACAAAAUAUAGAGCAACACGAAACAGAGUCAUGCUGGUAACCUUCCGAAUCUCAUCUUCAGGAUCAUUGUCCCCGAGACCCAUCCCAACUCCCUCACUGCUGACAGAUCUUCUCUGCCUGACGACCUUGCUUACCCUACACUGAUCUAACAACCCAAGAGGAUCUUCCUUCUUUGGAGUACAUGGACCAUUCAUGGAGAUGUCUGAUGCAUCCCCUAAGCAAGAAAAGGCUCAGUCAAAAAACUGUCAGAAGCCACAGUUCGGGGACACGAAGCAGGACGAUCCAGCGCCGGACACCUCCCUGGGAGGUGAGGGGCUCGAGAGAGAAGAGGAACACUCUGAGCUGAAAAAGAACACUGAGAAUCAAGAGCAAACAAAAACACAAGAGAAAACCCAGCUGGAGACUCAGAAAAAUAAAUCCCAUACUUCUUGGAGUAGGCGUGUCCAUGAAAUCUCAUUCCAACAAGAAAAACGUAUUGCAAAGAGGAGAAAUAAGUGCCCCGUGUGUGCAAAAACCUUCAGUAAACAAUCAAAUCUUAAGAGACAUCAGAUAAUUCAUACAGGGGAAAGAGAGGAAAAAGGGUACAAAUGCUCGGACUGUGGUGAGACCUUUUGUCAGACUUCAAACUUGGUGAGACACCAGAGGAUCCACACUGGGGAGAAGCCAUAUACUUGCCUGGAGUGUGGAAAGUGCUUCAGUCGGAGAGCAGAUCUUGCUUGUCAUGAAAGAAUUCACACUGGGAUGAAACCAUAUAAGUGUGCCUUCUGUUCUAAAUGCUUUGCUGCUAAAUCAAGCCUAAAUAGCCACCAGAGAAUGCAUACAGGAGAAAACCCUUAUAAAUGCUUGGAUUGUGGAAAGGGCUUCAGAUGGAGCACACAUCUUAUUAGACAUCAAAGUGUCCAUACAGGCGAGAGCCCAUAUAAAUGUUCUGAGUGUGGAAAGAACUUCAAACUAAGUUCAUCUCUAGCUUCCCAUCAAAGAACCCACACAGGGGGAAAACCAUACGAAUGUUCAGAGUGUGGCAAGCGUUUUUGCGCCAAGUCAAGCCUCAGUGAACAUCAGAGAAUGCACACAGGAGAAAACCCAUAUAAAUGUCCAGAGUGUGGAAAGAGCUUCAGCCACAAUGGAAAUCUUCUUUCACAUCAAAAAGUUCAUACAGGAGAGAAACCAUAUAAGUGCUUAGACUGUGGAAAGAGCUUUAGCCACAAUGGAAACCUUGUUUCACACCAAAGACUCCACACAGGAGAGGACCCCUAUAAGUGCUUAGAGUGUGGAAAGAGCUUCAGAUGGAGCACACACCUUAUUAGGCAUCAAAGUGUCCACCUAGGGGAGAGCCCAUAUAAAUGUCUGGUGUGUGGGAAGAGCUUCAAGGUCAGCUCAUCUCUAAUUUCUCAUCGAAGUCUGCACACAGGAGAGAAACAAUAUCAGUGUCCAGACUGUGGCAAGCGCUUUUGUGGUAAGUCUGGCCUUAAUGAACAUAAAAGAAUGCACACAGGAGUGAAACCAUAUAAAUGCCUGGAGUGUGGACGGAGCUUCAUAUGGAACACGCAUCUUAUUAAACAUCAAAGAGUCCACACAGGGGAGAAACCAUAUAAAUGCUCCGAGUGUGGAAAGAGCUUCAAGGUGAGUUCAUCCCUAAUUUCCCAUCAAAGAAUCCACACAGGGGAGAAACCAUAUCAGUGCUCUGAGUGUGGAAAGAGCUUCACAGUGAACUCAUCCCUAAUUUCCCAUCAAAGACUUCACACAGGGGAGAAACCUUACCUGUGUUCAGACUGUGGCAAGUGCUUUUUUUCCAAAUCCAGCCUUAAUGAGCAUAAGAGAAUGCACACAGGAGUGAAACCAUAUAUACGCAUGGAGUGUGGAAGGAGUUUCAUAUGGAACACACAUCUUAUUAAACAUCAAAGAGUCCAUACAGGAGAAAAACCAUAUAAAUGUUCAGUGUGCAGCAAGGACUUCCGUCUGAGCACAACUCUUACUAACCAUCAAAGAACCCACACAGGGGAGAAACCCUAUCAGUGCUCAAUAUGUGGAAAGAGCUUCACAGUGAGCUCAUCCCUGACUUCUCAUCAAAGAGUUCACAGAGAAGAGAAACCUUAUAAAUGUUCCAAGUGUGGAAAGACUUAUCAGUGGAGCACAAGCCUAUUUUCACAUAACUGCAAUGAAACAGGGAAAUUUCAGAGUGUGGAAAGAGCAUCAGUCCAUUCACAACCCUUAGUUCUCAUCAAAGAACCUACAGAUGGGAGAAACAGUGUAAAUGUUUGGAGGGUCGAAGGUGCUUCAGGAGGAAUACAAGCCUAAGUUUGCAAAAAAUAAUCUGCAUAUGAGAGAAAGAGUUGUCAAUGGGGGAAACUACAUCUAUUUUAAUUUCUGAAGAUUAGCUGUUUGAAACCCUGGAUAUAGCUUAGACCAGCUCUAUCUUGUCAGAUAUCAGAUGCUAAGCAGGGUCAGCCCUAGUUAAUACUUGGAUGAGAAACCACCAAGGAAGUCUAGGGUUGCUACACAAUAGCCAACCCCUUCUGUCUCUUGCCUUGAAAACUCUAUAGGAUAGCCCUAUAGUAGGCUGCAACUUGAUGGCAAAAAAUAAAAGCAGAAGAAAAGCUGUUUGAAUCUGCUGCAUUGAAAAUGGUAGAGAAUCCUGUGGUAGCUUCAAUAAGACACAAAUCUAUAGCAUGUUGAUCUUUUGGGGAUAUUUGUGUUAUUGUCUUGUGAGACACUGUUGUUUAUUGU